AACCCCUUGGUGGCCGUCUACUACACCAACCGAGCCCUCUGCUACCUGAAAAUGCAGCAGCACGACAAGGCGCUGGCGGACUGCAAGCGAGCCCUGGAGCUGGACGGCCAGUCGGUGAAGGCUCACUUCUUCCUGGGCCAGUGCCAGAUGGAGAUGGAGAACUACGACGAGGCCAUCGCCAACCUGCAGCGAGCCUACAACCUCGCCAAGGAGCAGCGGCUGAAUUUCGGGGACGACAUUCCCAGCGCCCUGCGCAUCGCCAAGAAGAAACGCUGGAACAGUAUUGAGGAGAAGCGGAUCAACCAGGAGAAUGAGCUGCACUCCUACCUGACCAAGCUGAUCAUGGCAGAGAAGGAGAGGGAGCUGGCUGAGUGCCGAAACGACAAAUACUUGGCGGACAUGGAUGAGCUAUUCUCUCAAGUGGACGAGAAGAGGAAGAAGCGGGACAUCCCUGACUACUUGUGCGGGAAGAUCAGUUUUGAGCUGAUGCGAGAGCCCUGCAUCACGCCCAGCGGCAUCACCUACGACAGGAAGGACAUCGAGGAACAUCUCCAGCGCGUGGGUCAUUUCGAUCCGGUGACACGGAGUCCCCUGACCCAGGACCAGCUGAUCCCCAACCUCGCCAUGAAGGAGGUGAUAGACGCGUUCAUCUCGGAGUCGCUGGGCUGGCACCAUGCCUUACUCGCUCUCCGGCUAUUCCCCCUCCGCCCCGGGUGCCCAGAGACCCAGCGGCAGCGCUGG